UUCUCACUUUCCAAUUCCUACUGGAGUUGACAACCAGCCUUCCCUCGCAACAUCAACUUCCUAAACUUCGGUCACCAUGGUUCGCGCCAUCCCUGUCAUCGUGGGUCUGCUGAUGCUGUCGACAACUUCUGUUGAGAGUUCAACUGGUCGUUUCCUCCAGUCCACACAGGGCAACUGCGCUCGACGAGUGUGUACUGUCAACGGCGGCGCCUCAACGUCCGAAGACUGCAACACCCUGUGCAACCGCGUCGGUGACGGCAACAGCAUGUCUGAAUGUGGUCAGAAGUGCUCGUGCACUACGGAUACCUCGGCUACCGCUCAAAUGUGCUCGACAAGCUGCCAGUACACCUUGAGUGACUGCUCCAGUGGCCAAAUGUGCAGUGGCGAAACGAUAGUUUGUCCCGGCUCAACCAGUUCCACCGGGUCUGUUUCACCCUCAUCGGGCGCAACUACAACUAGUUCAACCCUGAAUAGUGCAACCGGGUCAGCCACGACGAACGCAUCAGGAACCGCAACGACGGGUGCCACCUCAAGCGCUGCUACGACGAAUGCCACGACGAACCCUGCGUCUGGAUCAGCCACUACUAACGCAUCGGGUGCAGCUACGACAGACUCAUCGACUAACACGUCAGGAACAAGUACAUCGGAUGGUACUAUCUCGGGGUCGACAACGAACGGCGCUACUGGACCGACUUCGGCUGCCGGUGGAUCUGUCACUGGGUCUGAUAACGGCGUUGCAGGAUCAAACUCAAACCCCACUUCAAGCUCGUCGGACAAUGGAGCUGGUGUUUCCUCUUCGUCCCUGUCGGACAGUUCUUCAAUCACGGCGUCUUCGCUGGAUAGCUCUGCAUCUGGGAAGGCGGUGGAUGUAGGUGACUCGUCCACUGGUGGAUCGACUGCGUCUUCGCUGAGAUCGGACUCCUCGACGUCUUCAGCAUCGGGAUCGGAUUCAAAUUCGGCGGUGCGAUCAAUGCUGCCUGGUGCAACGAUACUGGUGGCCAUCGCUAGUGCCUUCGUUGCUGCUCUGUUCUAGUCCGGUUUGUAUAGCCAGAUCCAGUCUGUACAGUACAAUUUCAUGUACUCUUUUUUUGCAACUCUUCCUGCCAUUCCGCUGGAGCAUGUAGUUAUUGUGUUGCAAGCGUUUUUUUUUUCUGACGAAAAGAUGCGUGAGCAAAAGUUGAUUUAACUGCAAAACCUUACAUCAUCUAUACUGGGAGCUUUCCUAGUUCAUUCGAGUUGCACCGAUCCUUGCGGUACAAUAAAUUUAUUUAACACGUUGCACUUCAC